AUGAGGGAGGAGCAGAGUCACAAGAAGAUACUCGAUGAUGAGCUUGACAAGACGACAACAUCAAUCAACAACAUCAUCAACGAGAUUGCCAACAUCAAUGCACACACUACCCAAAACAACUCUGUGAACGACAUCAAUCACAAUGAUGAUGAAGAUGGUGAAGGUGUUGACAUCAUGAGUCAGUUGGUGCGAUCGAUUCAAACAUCAAAGACAAUGGAUCAAUUCAUCGACAAACAGUUCAAGACAUGCGAUGAUGAUGUCACGAUUGGUGAUGAUCAACUGUUGGACUUUGUUCGAAGAGGAUCACAAGCCACUCAGACUGUUCACACUGUCACUGAACCAAUACGAAUCGAGUUUGAUUCAUAUUUGUUGGAAAGAGACUUCAGGGAACUCAUUAAUUACGAGGACACACCAACAAGGAUUGAACAUGGCUUCAGGAAUCACAUUUUCUCACUCUCGGAUGACUCAUGUUCGAUGCUCUCAUUGGACACUAAUGAGUGGACUGUGAUCGAUGACAAGUGCACACCAAGAGAAUACAUAUUCAGAUCGGUUGUAUAUGCACGAGACAGUGUCUAUGUGUUUGGAGGCAAAGGAUCACCCAGCACAUACUCUCGCUUCUCACUCAUCGAUCAAAAGUGGCACAAUGACAUUGAGAUCAUCGGUGUCGAUGGUGGUGAAAGCAUAUCAACAUGUUACGAUGGUGACAAUCUCAUCUAUCUUGUCGGUGGAUUCCACAAUGACAAGAUGUUGCAUCGAAUUGAUUGUUUCAACAUUGACACUCAACAAUUCUCAUCAGUUGGACGAAUGAGUGUGCCAACCAGAGCAUCACACUCAUUCUUCCGCAUCAAUAGGAUCGUCAUCGUUGGUGGCUAUGUUGAUGCCGAGUAUAAGGUGUCACUCACGGACAUCUUGAAAUUCAACAUUGACACCAAGGAAUGUGACGUCUUCCUCAAGACUGAAUUCCAUCCAGAUGAAUACAUCACUUCUUGUUAUGACGACAUUGAUCAUGUGUUCAUCAUGGGCGAUAAGUCCACUCUCUUGGUCAACUUGUCCAUCAAGAACUCAACUCAAAGUAUUGAAAUGCACACAUCAGGAUGUCCUUGUUUAUAUACACAAUCACAUGGAUUUGUUACGCUCGGUGGCACAGGAGACAAUGAAAGAUUCUCAUUGUUGCACAACAAAUGGAUAUCUCUCGAUGACAACGACCCUGUGGAGGAUAGGUCAUCGUUUGGUACAUGUCAUAUUCAUCAUUGA